CAGAACAAACCAAAAACUUUCUUAUUGUCGAACUCGUGUAAAUUGAUCUUCGACCAAUUAGUCAGCACGUCUUUGUGCGUGUUGCAACACGACUUCGGCUAUAGAUGACGUUGUAGCCUGCCAUACGACCCUGCCGGAGGGUUUCGGAUUAAUAAACGUUUCAUUUGCGAAGAUGGCAACUUUAACUGCUGGUGACGAAUGGAAGGGAGAAGGGAGAAACGAAGAACAAUUGGUUUUCUGAAAUGGAUCGAGUUGGACGCUUCAAUAACGCUCGUAAGCCGGUUGGCAACAACAAAUCUAGAUCGGAUGAAAGUAAUUGGCGUCGUCCAGCAUCUAGAGAUGAUGGAAAAGACGGAAAAGGUAACCAACAGCCUAUUAGUUCGGGAUUUUCGGGGGAAUUCGUCCAAAUCGACCCGGAGGCCAAAUUCCACGAAAACGAGCAAGUGGAAGGCGUCCGUCUGGUGACGGAUUUCGAUUUGGUCCGUCAAUUGCACGUCCGUUUGGGAGAAUUCGCCAAGGGACCGACCGAUUUUUUCCCGGCUUUGUGGCCGGUCACAUUGUCCAAUGAGAACAUCCAUUUUCUCGCUUCGGAAUCGUACGACGUCGUUCCCAGAGCCAACGGCACGCGCUACCUUCUCUACGUCGACUUGGCCGGUAACAUUUACUUGGAGAACAUGAGCCAGCACAUCUUCCGGUUGGAUGACGAUCGCUCUAUUCGAAUGAUCUCGUCCGACGGUCGCCCAAUCACCGACACCGUCCUUGACGGCAUAAUCACCCGAGAAAAAUGUACUGAUAGCGGUGAAAACGGAAAGUUAACUUUUUUAAUUCACGAUGCCUUCAGAUGUAACGGGAUGGAUUUGGUAGAUUUAAAUAUUCGCGCCAGAAUUAACGUCAUCCAGGAGGAGAUAAUGAAGCAGCGAUUGGAUAAGCCAAUGGAAUUGGAUGAUAAGGAACCUUUUAAUUUGGACAUUGUCGACUGCAGAGACGCCCGUUCGGCUGAGGAUUUUUUGUCCGAAGGAUUCGAGGAUCUUUUCAAAUAUUCCUUCCGCUGUUUGGUCUUCUUUCCGAGAGAAAAGGGUUAUAAAUGCGGCACUUGCUAUGACGUGUUUCAAUGGUCGGAAACAAGUAGCCAUACCUGUACUUUCCGUUUGAAAUUUCCCGAAUAUUGGCGUUCCGGAGACAGUUUGAAAAGAGCUGAACUGCAUGCCGUGGGUCCGCAUAGGACUGAAAUUUAUUUCGCUACCAUCGAGCUGACAAAAGAGCUCCGGAAUUUGGACGGCCGGAUAAUCGAGUGUCGAUUCGCAGAUCGCCAAUGGAUUUUCGUGAGACAGCGCAACGAUCGCCACCAUCCCAACGGAAGGAAUGCGAUAUUCAAUAAAUUGAAAGUAUUGAAGAGUCCGAUCACUCGACAGCGUCUGGUUGCGGCCUUGGAGGAGUUCAAAUGAUUUUCAGAAUCAAUCAAUCCGGAAUGUUAAUUUGUGUUACGUAUACUUGCUUACACCAUUCCCCUUAAAUAAUCUGCUGAUGAGUGUAAGUUAUGGAGUUAAAAUAAAGAAGUGUAAUCGUGA